AGCCCUCGCUGCUCUGGACCAAAAUAGACAGUUGAGGGCUCAGCAGCUGACAUCAACCAGAAAUGGCUGCCACCGGAGUUCUUCCCUUCAUAAGGGGGGUAGACCUCAGUGGAAACGACUUCAAAGGUGGAUACUUCCCAGAGCAUGUCAAGUGUAUGAGCAGUCUGCGAUGGCUGAAACUGAACAGGACAGGACUGUGUUACCUCCCAGAGGAGCUGGCCUCUCUGCAGAAGCUGGAGCAUCUUUCAGUGAGUCACAACAGCCUGACCACUUUACAUGGAGAACUGUCCAGCUUACCGAACCUACGGGCGGUGGUAGCCAGAGCAAACAACCUGAAAAACUCUGGAGUCCCAGAUGACAUCUUUCAACUGGAUGAUCUCUCUGUGCUGGACCUGAGCUACAACCAGCUGACGGAGAUCCCCAGGGACCUGGAGAACAGCAGGAACAUGCUCGUGCUGAAUCUGAGCCACAACGGUAUCGACUCCAUCCCCAACCAGCUGUUCAUCAACCUGACAGACCUGCUGUACCUGGACCUGAGCGACAACAAGCUCGACAGCCUGCCACCCCAGAUGAGACGCCUGGUGCACCUGCAGACUCUCAUACUGAACAACAACCCGCUGCUGCACGCCCAGCUGCGCCAGCUGCCAGCCAUGGUGGCAUUACAAACUCUGCACCUGAGGAACACCCAGAGGACCCAGAGCAACAUGCCCACCAGCCUGGAGGGACUGACGCAUUUAGCAGAUGUUGACCUGUCAUGUAACGACCUUACUCGAGUGCCAGAGUGCCUGUAUUCUCUGGGCAGUCUGAAGAGACUCAACCUGAGCAGUAAUCAGAUCUCUGAACUCUCCCUCUGCAUCGACCAGUGGACUCAGCUGGAGACGCUGAACCUGAGCCGCAACCAGCUCACCUCGCUGCCCUCUGCCAUCUGUAAACUGUCCAAACUGAAGAAGCUGUACGUAAACUCCAACAAACUGGACUUUGAUGGCGUUCCCCCGGGCGUGGGCAAACUCUCCAGCCUCACUGAGUUCAUGGCCGCUAACAACAACCUGGAGCUCAUCCCCGAGGGACUCUGCAGGUGUGGCAAGUUGAAGAAGCUGGUGCUGAAUAAAAACCGCCUGGUGACGCUGCCUGAGGCCAUCCACUUCCUGACUGACUUAGAGGUCCUGGAUGUGCGUGAGAACCCCAACCUGGUGAUGCCUCCUAAACCAGUGGACAGAGGGGCAGAGUGGUACAACAUCGACUUCUCCCUGCAGAACCAGCUCCGGCUGGCCGGGGCCUCGCCUGCGACUGUAGCUGCAGCUGGAGGAGGAGCCAGCCCCCGAGAUCACCUGGCGAGGAAGAUGAGGCUGAGGAGGAGGAAGGACUGUUCUCAGGACGAUCAGGCAAAGCAGGUGCUGAAGGGCAUGAGUGACGUCGCACAGGAGAAGAAGAACAUGGAGGAGAACGGAGACUUGAAAUACGCAGAUUUAAAGGUCCGACGCUGGGACAAGAGUCUAGAGAAGCCUCAACUGGACUACUCCGAGUUCUUUAUGGAGGACGUGGGGCAGGUUCCAGGUGUAACCGUGUGGCAGAUAGAGAACUUUGUUCCCAUGCAGGUGGAUGAAGCUUUCCAUGGCAAGUUCUACGAGGCGGACUGCUACAUCAUCCUCAAGACCUUCCUGGAUGAUAACGGAGCGCUGAACUGGCACAUCUACUACUGGAUCGGCCAGGAAGCCACGCUGGACAAGAAAGCCGGCUCUGCCAUCCACGCCGUCAACCUCCGAAAUUUCCUGGGGGCGGAGUGCAGGACGAUAAGGGAAGAGAUGGGAGACGAGAGCGAGGAGUUCAGCGCCGUGUUUAACAAUGAGAUCUCCUACAUUGAGGGAGGAACAGCCAGUGGAUUCUACACUGUGGAGGACACAAACUAUUCCGUCAGGUUGUACAGAGUUUACGGCAAGAAGAACAUCAGACUGGAGUCUGUACCUGUGAAGGCCUCUUCCCUCGACCCUCGCUUUGUCUUCCUGUUGGACACGGGGCUGGAAAUCUUUGUCUGGAGAGGAGCCAACGCUACACUCAGCGGCACCACGAAGGCCAGGUUAUUUGCAGAGAAGAUAAAUAAGAAUGAGCGUAAGGGGAAGGCGGAGAUCACAACCCUCAUGCAGAACCAGGAGCCUCCAGGGUUCUGGGAGGUGCUGGGAGGACAACCAGAGGAGAUCAAGAAGCACGUACCGGACGACUUCUCUCCCAUCAGACCUAAACUGUACAAGGUGGGCCUGGGUCUGGGCUACCUGGAGCUGCCUCAGGUGAACUACAAGCUGUCGGUGGAGCACAAAGACCACAAGAUCAAACUGGACACCCUGCCAGAGCUGAGACUGGUGCAGUCUCUGCUGGACACGAAGUGCGUGUACAUCCUGGACUGCUGGUCCGACGUGUUCAUCUGGAUCGGGAGGAAGUCUCCCCGUCUCGUCCGAGCCGCCGCCUUGAAACUGGGUCAGGAGAUCUGCUCCAUGCUGCACCGGCCCAAACACGCCUGCGUCACCCGCAACCUGGAGGGCACCGAGUGUCAGGUGUUUAAAUCCAAGUUUAAGAACUGGGACGACGUGUUGAAGGUGGACUACACCAGAGCAGCUGAGACUGUACAGCAGAAGGACAACCUGCAGGGCAAGGUGAAGAAAGACGCAGAGAAGAAAGACCAGAUGAAAGCCGACCUCACUGCUCUCUUCCUUCCCAGGCAGCCGGCCAUGGCCCUCACUGAGGCUGAGCAGCUGAUGGAGGAGUGGAACGAGGACCUGGACGGCAUGGAGGGAUUCGUGUUGGAGGGAAAGAAGUUCGCUCGUUUGCCAGAGGAAGAGUUUGGGCAUUUCUUCACACAGGACUGUUACGUCUUCCUCUGCAGAUACUGGGUGCCUGUGGAGUAUGAGGAGGAUGAGAAGGAGAAGAAGGAGGGUGAAGGUGCUGGAGAAGGCAAAGUUGGCAGAGGAGGAGGAGGAGGAGGAGGCGGAGGAGAGGAGGAGGAAGAGGACAAACAGCCGGAGGAGGACUUCCAGUGUGUGGUUUACUUCUGGCAGGGCAGACAGGCCUCCAACAUGGGCUGGCUCACCUUCACCUUCUCCCUGCAGAAGAAGUUUGAGAGUCUCUUCCCUGGAAAACUCAAGGUGGUGCGUAUGACCCAGCAGCAGGAGAACCUCAAGUUCCUGUCUCAUUUCAAGAGGAAGUUCAUCAUCCACAAAGGGAAGAGGAAACAGAAGACGGACUCCGCCCAGCCCUCCCUCUACCACAUACGCACCAAUGGCAGCGCGCUUUGCACCAGGACCAUCCAGAUUGGGACAGAUUCAAGUAAUCUCAACUCGGAGUUCUGCUUCAUCCUCAAGGUACCCUUCGAGAGCACAGACAAUCAGGGCAUUGUUUACACCUGGGUGGGCCGAGCUGCCGACCCGGACGAAGCCAAACUGGCCGAGGACAUCAUGAACAGCAUGUUCGAUGACACGUACAGCAAACAGGUGAUAAAUGAGGGGGAGGAGCCGGAGAACUUCUUCUGGGUGGGGAUUGGUUCUCAGAAGCAGUACGAUGAAGAUGCAGAUUAUAUGAAACAUGCUCGGCUCUUCAGGUGUUCCAAUGAGAAAGGUUAUUUCUCUGUGUCAGAGAAAUGCUCAGACUUCUGUCAGGACGACCUGGCUGAUGAUGACAUCAUGCUGCUGGACAACGGCAAUGAGGUGUACAUGUGGGUGGGCACUCAGACCAGCCAGGUGGAGAUCAAACUCAGUCUCAAAGCCUGUCAGGUUUACAUCCAGCACAUGCGCUCCAAGGAGACCGAACAGCCGAGGAAGCUGCGACUGGUGCGGAAGGGAAACGAGCCCCACUGCUUCACGCGCUGCUUCCACGCCUGGGGGGCUUUCAAAACCCCCCCCUCAUAGACAAACACUCUCUGAACCGCACACAUGCUCAGAAACGCUCACACCUACAUACAGAUUGAUUUGCUGCCAUGUUAUUUUCUACCAGUAUGAUGAUGAUGAUGAUGAUGAUGAUGAUGAUGAUGGUGAUGAUGAUGAUGAUGAUGAUGAUGUCGUCUAUGCCUAUAAUCCAGCUUUACCUGAACUCUGAUUCCCGCCCUCCAUCCUGCUCGUCGCUGCUGCCAACAGGUUCCUGUCUGAUCUCAGUUCAGUCCAGUUUCUGUCUUUGGGACAAAUAUCAGUUUUUCUACUUUGUUUUUUUUUUCUUUUAGCAGCAGCUUGAAAUCCUGAUGUUGAACGAAAGAAGAGAAUAAUGUUUUGAGAUCCAACAGAUCUGAGGUGUACAGAGGCUUUAUAAAAAUCCAAAGGGAGGUGAAUCCGCCGAACAUAUCGAUCCGUGUCGCUGCUUUCACGUGGCUCAGCAGUCGUUUCCAGCGGAGGGUUCAGAGCUCGUUACACUCACUUCUCCGCUUUAGUGCCAUUUUUGCGAAAAGCUCGUUUGAAGCAGUUCGGGCCUGAUUAGUUGAUUUUACAGUUUUGUUUUUUUUUCUCCUCCCAUCAUUGAGGGAUUGAACAGAAAACAGCACUAUAAUUGUUUUUCUGAGGAAUGUUGGUUUAUAUAAAUAUAUAUAUUUUUCUGUUGUGUGGAUAUACAUGGUAUGUGUGUGUUUGCCCCAUGCGCCUUUACUGAAAUCAGUCGUUUGCUCUCUGUUCUCACUUUCUCUGACUCGACCACUGAUCUGAAACUCUUGUCGUAUGAGAUUUGUUUCCAUCGACGGUUCAAUCCUUUUGCCGGGUGAAAGUUAAAACGGUUAAUGUUUAUUUGGCCAAAGAAAUCUUGAGGUCAGUGUGUAAGUACUCGAGUGUGAGACAGAGCUUUGUUUUAUGUUUAAAUGUGCAAUCAGUAGAGCUCGGGAGAUCCUGAAACUAAAUAACAUUCACAAUACUGUGUUCUUCUACAUUUCCGGCUGCAGUCAACUAAAUGUUUAUGUUCUUGCUUUUCUGGAGUGAAGGGGACGAGAGGAGUUUCUGUCCAAAACCUGAAAAAGUUCAAACAUCAUGUUUGACAUUUACGACCGUUUACUCGAAAACAUUGAUCUUUUUCAGACAUGUUUCUCGUUUUGGAACAAAACUUUUAUUUUAUUAAUUCACACGUUUUAAUGGGAGAUCUCUUGCAUCAUAUCAGAAACAUAUCUUAACAUAGUGACUUCUGGUUAACUGAUGAUCGGUGAUGCCAGCAUCAGCUUUGGAGUACAAACCUGCUGCAGCGCGUCUCGUGAUCAUGUGACCUGUGCAGUAUGCAGGCGUCGGUCCAGGCCAGAUAUCUGUGUAUUCCCAAGUGGCUGCAACUUUCAUUUUGUUAUUUUACACUAUACUUUGUGGGGUGAACUGUAUGCCUGUUAGUGUGUUGGGUCCUACACACAUGUAUGUGUGUAUGAAUAUGUGCACAUGCUCCUGAUGCCACCUGCAGAUGCUUUAUUUAUGUAUUUUAUAUAAAAAUAAAAUCUCACAUCGCAUAUUUA